GAGUUGGAAAGCAAAGUUAAUUUAUAGCGGACACUUUAUUACUUUCAUGCCCAAUAAGUUCCCUUUUGGAAAAAGUACCAUUUAUUCUUACUUAUCUCUAGCUUCUACAUAGAAGGUCAAUUGCAGGAGAGUACAGGGGAGGAGAGUGAUGGAUGUGAGCCAGUUGCAGAGAAGUUGGGUUGAGUUCUUAACAGCCCUCUUCAAUGAGGGAUUUCUUGAUUCCCAGUUCAACCAACUUCUGCAACUGCAAGAUGAGAGCAACCCGAAUUUCGUUGCAGAGGUUGUGACUGAUUUCUUUCAUGAUUCCGAGAGGCUUCUCAAUGAGUUAACUGGGGUCCUAGAUCAGCAGAUUGUAGAUUUCAAGAAGGUGGAUUCCCAUGUUCACCAGUUGAAGGGAAGCAGUGCUAGCAUAGGUGUAGAGAGGGUGAAGAACAUGUGCAUUGCCUUCAAAGCCUUUUGUGAGGAGAGUAACAGAGAAGGCAGAUGCCUGAGAUGUCUACACCAAGUUAAGCAAGAGUACUUUCUAGUGAAGGACAAGCUUCAAACUCUAUUCAUGCUGGAACAGCAAAUUGUCGCAGCUGGUGGGUCACCUCCAUUGAUGUAGCAAUCAUGUGGUACUUCGCAAGCUAAGGUUGCCAAUUAUGUUGUGGUUGUAUAGAGGACCUUGCCCUUUUGUUGCUUGAAUUUUGCCAUCUGUUUUGUACCCUUUUAAUUUUUUUUUGUCGUUUGUCGAAGUAUUAGCUGUUCCAGAGUUCUGAAAUUGAUUGAGAUUUACUAAA